AUGGGACGUGCAUUUACUGAACACACAGUCAUUGAAGUGGCUGAUGCAAGGUGGACCUUUGGGGUAAGACUUACCUAUUCAAUCCAUUUAGGCACAGUCGCGUUUUCCCACCCCUCCUACCGCGGUCCUCUUGAUGCAUGGCAAUUCUCCGUCUAUAGGCAUAGCGCGGACCGCGGUAGGUCUAUGCGCCUCCAAUCCCCCAUCCUCCAUCCCCAAAGACUCCAACCAAGCGUGGGGGAGGACAUUGGGGGAAAUUCCCUUAACCUUGGUAAGAUCUGA